AUGAAGUCUCACGCCACUGCCCUCUUCGCCGUUGCCGGGGUUGUGCAAGCCUCCUGGACGUCGAACAUCAACUACCGAAGUCCCUCUGAGCACCAUCCAUCCCUCGGUGUUUCGAUCCAUAGGGUCGUCAAGCGAAAUGACCCGCAGAGCCCCUGGGAUCCGGCCAAGUUGAACUUCACUCAUGGCGUUGCUUCAGGCGACCCAUACCCUGACAGCGUCAUCCUCUGGACGCGCAUCAGCCCUGCAGUCGAUAAUGACAAAUCCAACGCGACCGUGUCCGGCUAUGUGCCCCUGUACAACCACGACACUCAGGAAUAUGUCUCCAUGUCGAAGGCUCCGGUCUGCGUUGAGUACAAGGUCGCCUCGGAUGAGCAAUUGGCAAACGUGGUAGACUCUGGCACGCUUUAUACCAGCUCGGACAUCGAUUAUACGGUCAAGGUUGAAGCGCAAAAUUUAGAGCCAUUCACCACGUACUGGUACCAAUUCAAUGUGUGCGGUUCUGAUAACAAGAGCCCUCUGGGACGGACGAAAACCACACCUAAUGAGGACGAUGACGUGACUGAAAUCGGAAUCGCCGUCUAUUCGUGUUCGAACUUUCCCUUUGGCUUCUUCAACGCGUUCGGCAACCCAGUGCGCAAGGAUUCGGUCGACUACGUGAUUCACUUGGGCGACUACAUUUACGAAUACAAGAAUGGAGACUAUGGCUAUGGCCAGACGAUUGGCAGAGUACCACUUCCGGACAAAGAGAUUUUCAGUCUCUACGACUACAGGAAGCGUCUUGCCACAUACCGGACUGACCUGGAUCUCCUCGCCAGCCACCAGGCCUUUCCUUGGAUUCCAGUCUGGGAUGACCACGAAGUCGCAGACAAUACCUACCGUGACGGUUCUUCUGAGUUAAACAACACCGAAGACUCGUUUGUCAAAGACGGCGGGGUCUCUGUAGACCAGCGCAAGAUGAAUGCCGUCCGCGCUUACUUUGAGUGGAUGCCAAUUCGCCAAGUUGAGAUGGACGACAAUUUGCGCAUUUGGCGCUCGUUCAAACUCGGUAACCUCGCAGAUCUGAUCAUGCUCGAUACCAGGCAGUAUGAUCGUUCGAUUACUGAUUUGUACUGGAACACGGACUACGUCCACGCCAUCUCUGACGAUGCUGGCCGGUCGCUCAUGGGAUCGAGACAAGAGAACUGGUUUUACAACCAAUUGUCUUCCUCCUCCAAGCGCGGUGCAACGUGGCGCAUUAUUGGCAGCCAAAUUGUUUUUAGUCGGAUCAAUGAGUCAAUAGCCUACGGAGAUGAGAAUCCUCUGGACUAUGACGCCUGGGACGGGUACCAAUCAAACCGAAACAGGACGUACAGCCAUCUAUACAACAACGGCAUCGGUAACAACAUCUUUCUCGCGGGUGACUCCCACGCAUCUUGGGUGUCGGACCUUGUGUGGCUCGGGGAGAAGAACUACGAUUCUGCCAGUGGCGAGGGUUCAAUCGGAGUUGAGUUUGCCGGAUCAGCGGUGACUUCUCCUUGCCCAUACGGCGCAAACAUCACCCUCGACUUUGCAAACCAGGCCUCUACUUUGCUGCAGAACGCGAACGAGGAGCUGCAGUGGCAGGACCUGUACUACCGAGGCUAUUACGAGCUGCACAUCUCGCCUCAGCGUGUGACCGCCAACUAUUUUGGACUCCCGACGGUAGUCAGCAGGAACGGGUGGGAAAUCCCUCUCGCGAACUUCACUGUCGAGGCGGGUGCGAACAAGUUGCAGAGGCCGGUAGCUGGUGGACUUGUAGAGAGUGGGAGCUUGAAGGGAGGUCAGACGAAGCAAACGAACAUUACCAUUGACACGAAUAAUGGAACGUGGUUCGUGAGCCAGGCGCCCUUGGAGGGGCAAGCUGAGGUCUAG